AUGGCGACGCCGCCCCGCGUCGCCGCCGCGCCGCGCGCGCGUCGCGCCGCGAUCGUCCCCGCGCCGGUUCGAUCGCGAAGACACGGCAUCGCGCAUCGCGGCGCUUCGCGGCGCGUCGUCCGCGUCGACGCGCUGCCGUUCGGGUUCGGCAAGAAAGACCCGGCGGAGGAGGUGCCGGAGGAGGAGGAGGAAGAGGAGGACGCCGUCGUGGACGGCAACCCGUUCGCGAGCAUCGGCGGCAGAGUCCUCGGCGCGGUCGCGGACGCGGAGGAAAAGGCGUCCGCGGCGGGGAAUCCGUUCGCGUCGUUCAUGUCCAGGGACGAGCCAUCUGAGCCCGAGGAGGAGGAGGAGGAGGAGGAGGAGGAGGAGACAGAGGACAAGGGGCCCGCGUUCGGGAACCCGUUCGCGUCCUUCGGCAGCCUCGGGAAGUCCAUCAACCUGUCGCAGACCAUCGAUCUGGACUACGGCGACGAUGAGGAGGAGGAGGAGGACGAAAUUGAGGAGGAGGAGGCGCCGGCGAUCGGCAAUCCGUUCGCCGGGAUCGCAUCCGGGAUGCUCGCGCGGUCGCGAGCCGCGGUCAAGCGCACGUCGCGGUCCGCGCCGCCGGAGCCGGAGCCGGAGCCGGAGAAGAAGCAGAUGGGUAACUGGGAGCGGACGCUCAAGGAAGGGAUCAAGGAUGGAGACAUCCCGACGUGGACGCUAGACCCCGAGCCCGUGCGAGGCGCCAGCUUGCGGCCGCUACGAUUGCGCACCGACGACGUCGUCGUCGUCGGCCGCGACCGCGGGCCGGGGAUCGACUACGCCGCGAAGGUCGGGUGCGUCUCGGGCGUGCACUGCCAGUUCGAGAUGGAGGGGCAACGUCUGUAUGUGACGGACCUCGGGAGCACGAACGGCACGUACGUGGACGGACAAGAGCUCAGGAAAAACAACAGGUUCCGCGUGUUCAACGGACAGAUCGUGCGUCUGGGCGCGGAGAACAUGAACGGCGAGCCGUUCGUGGUGUUCGACGCGAAGCUUACGGGCGCGAACGAGAUGGACCGGAACAGCGAGUACGGGCAAGUGCAGGCGCUCGUGGAGGCGUUGGGAGGGCCGCAGGUGGUUGUGAAUUUUCUGUUCAUCAACGUCGCGUUCCAACUCGGGUUUUACGCCAUCACGCUCCUGCAGACGAACUGA